AUGUCUUUGGAAGCUUUGAAGGGGCAGAUGCUAAACCCUGGAACAGAAGAAGUGAAGAGUACGGUGGGCAACUCUUUAGGGAAACUGCAAAGGAAAAUUGAUGGCAGCAAUGUAGAAGAGGAGAGCCACAUUGAGUUGACAGAGGAUGGGCGUCCGGUGGCAUCUCCGACUCGUCCUGCUCCGCUGCUGGAUUGCAGCUGUGGCGGUCUGCCCAAGCGUUACAUCAUUGCCAUCCUCAGCGGUCUGGGCUUCUGCAUCUCCUUCGGCAUCCGUUGCAACCUCGGUGUUGCAAUCGUGGAGAUGGUUAACAACAACACUGUAUAUGUGAAUGGAACUGAAGUCCUCCAGAAAGCUGAGUUCAACUGGGAUCCGGAGACAGUUGGACUCAUCCAUGGCUCUUUCUUCUGGGGCUACAUCGUCACUCAAAUUCCUGGUGGUUUCAUCUCAAACAAGCUGUCUGCUAACAGGGUGUUUGGAGCAGCCAUUUUCUUGACGUCAGUGCUGAAUAUGUUUAUCCCGUCUGCAGCGAGGGUGCACUAUGGCUGUGUCAUGUUUGUCCGCAUCCUUCAGGGCUUAGUUGAGGGUGUUACGUACCCAGCGUGCCAUGGGAUGUGGUCAAAAUGGGCCCCGCCUCUUGAGCGCAGUCGACUAGCAACAACAUCCUUCUGCGGAUCCUACGCGGGAGCGGUGAUCGCCAUGCCUUUGGCUGGUGUGAUGGUUCAAUUCGUUGGGUGGCCGUCAGUAUUUUACAUUUAUGGUGUUUUCGGAAUCCUGUGGUACGUCUUUUGGCUUCUGUUGGCCUACGGAAGUCCUGCCGUGCAUCCGACCAUCACGGACGAGGAAAGAACGUACAUUGAGUCCACCAUUGGUGAAACAAUCCACUACCAGAGUGUGAAUAAGAAAUUCAAGACACCGUGGCGUCGUUUCUUCACUUCCAUGCCAGUCUACGCCAUCAUUGUGGCUAACUUCUGCCGCAGCUGGACCUUCUACCUGCUUCUCAUCAGCCAGCCGGCAUAUUUUGAAGAGGUCUUUGGAUUCCCAAUCAGCAAGGUGGGGAUCCUGUCUGCUGUGCCCCACAUGGUGAUGACAAUCGUUGUUCCGAUCGGAGGACAGCUAGCGGACUUCCUGCGUAGUAACAAAAUCAUGACGACUACAAAUGUGAGGAAACUUAUGAACUGCGGAGGCUUUGGUAUGGAGGCUACUUUGCUGUUGGUGGUUGGCUUUUCACACACUCGUGCGGUGGCCAUCACCUUCUUGGUGCUUGCUGUUGGCUUCAGUGGAUUUGCCAUCUCAGGCUUUAAUGUCAAUCAUCUGGACAUCGCUCCUCGCUAUGCCAGCAUCCUGAUGGGUAUUUCCAACGGGGUGGGCACUCUGUCUGGGAUGGUGUGCCCUCUGAUUGUUGGAGCCUUGACCAUUCACAAGACCCGUCUUGAAUGGCAGAAUGUCUUUGUUAUCGCAUCCAUGGUGCACUACACAGGGGUCAUCUUCUACGCUAUCUUUGCUUCGGGAGAACAACAGGAAUGGGCCAACCCCGAGAGUACGAGCGAGGACAAAUGUGGCUUUAUCAAAGAGGACGAGCUAGCUGAAGAAUCUGAGCUCAAAAGCGAGAACAUGAAAAUGACUUACGGAACCACGGAUAAUGCGUCAGAUCGUAAACACGGCUGGACAAAGAAGAGAGGGGUGACCAUGCAAGAAGAGGAUGAACAUUGUGCUAAUGGAGACAACCUGAAUGGAUACCAGUGA